AUGUACGGUACCGGUAUGAAUAUCCCCUAUUUGAGCCUGGUCUUCCUUGUCUCUGGGGUACAGGCCAUGGACAUGUCGGGAUCCUCAAGUAGCUCAAGUUCAGGGGCAAUGGCGAUGAUGAUUCCCUACCUUCACUUUACGGGUGGCGAUUAUCUAUUCUUCGACGCUGUAGCCCCUGCUUCAAGAGGGGCUAUCGCAGGCGCUUGCAUAGUGCUCGCUAUACUUGCUGUAACUGAACGUGCCAUUGCGGGGAUAAGAGGAAUUUUUACCAUGUAUGUAGUCCAUCGGCAGAGGGAAUUGUUUCGUGGGGGGACAGCGGGGGAGAGGCUCGCAGUUGUAUCAGGAGAACCACCUUGCACAGGAAAGGUCAUCGAAAUUGAUGUUUCCACUGGCUCAACUGGUUCGCAAGCUUCCUCCGAGUUCACCAUCUGCCCACUUCCAGCCCAACGUAAAAGGUCCAUGCCCCCCUUUUCAUGGUCGUACGAACUUACUCGUGGUGGUCUUUUCAUUGUACAAUCAUUCUUCGUUUACGCAAUCAUGUUGGGUGUCAUGACUUUCAAUGCGGCCUAUAUUAUUAGCAUUGUUGCAGGAACAGCCGUGGGCGAGAUUUUGUUUGGAAGAUUUGCUGCUGGGCAGACCCAUUGA